AUGCCGAUCGAAAAGCUAGCUAAGUGGCAGAUGUUGUUGAGUGAAUUUGGCAUUGUGUAUGUGACUCAAAAGGCGAUAAAAGCACAAGUCUUGGCUGAUCAUCUUGCAGAAAAACCUAUUGAUGAAGAAUAUGAACCACUCAAUACUUUUUUUCACGACAAAGAGAUAUCAUUUGUGGGUGCAGAUAUUUCUGAGGCAUAUCUUGGUUGGAGACUAUUCUUUGAUGGAGCAGCAAAUCACCAAGACAAUAUGGCUGAAUAUGAAGCCUGUAUUCUUGGACUGAAAAUGGCCAUCGACAUGAAUGUCCAUGAGUUGUUGGUUAUUGGAGAUUCAGAUCUGUUAAUUCAUCAAGUUCAAGAAGAGUGGGCCGUGAAGAACCCGAUGAUUAUACCUUACGUGCAGUAUGCGAAGAAGUUGUGCAAAAGAUUUCAUAAGAUCGAGUCCAAACAUACUCCCAGAAUACAGAAUGAGUUGGCCGAUGCUCUUUCCACCAGCGCUUCAAUGAGUUAA